CAAUUUUUCUAACUUUGAUCCUGGUUUGUCCUGUGUCCUGUUGUGUGUGAGGUGAAAAAACUCCUUCUGUUGCGCAGAAAAAGAAGAAAAUAUGCCAGGUUGUUGCGUGGAGAAAUGCAACAGUCACAGCCUAUAUCUAUACUAUCGGAUUGAGAUCAAAAUUGCGGUACUUUGUUAAUCUAGUGACUUUAACUAGCACAAGCAGCGCACGAACAGCUGAUAUCACGUGGAUUUUUGACAACGAUGUAGUACAUCUAGAUAUUUGUAACUUUUAAUAGUGUUUACAUUUUGUCCAGAUUAUUUUAAAUAAAGAUUCUGCAUUUUAACACAACAAGGGAUACCAUCAAAAAUGAUUCCUGCAUGCGACACUUUAAGAAUUCUUCAUUUGCCUUCGCAUCUUUCUGACGAUCGACGAGAUGCGUUGUUACAAAAAUAUGGUGCAAUUAGAACUAAAACAUCUCGUCUGUCUGAUAAGCAUGUUGUUACUUUUGCCAAGUUUCCAUCUCAACAAUUGGCAGCGGAAGCACUAAUGCGUUUGCAUCAAUUGAACAUUCGAGGACAAUAUUUAUCAGUUGAAUAUGCUAAAAAGUCCGUAUUUGCUGAAUUUACAGAACAAGAUAUUCAACAUGAACCGCCAGCAAGCAACGAAGCAAAAGUAGAAACUACUAAUAAAUCUCAUGUUCAAGCAUUUUUACGCAAGUUAAAUAAUUGGACUAUAAAUCACGAGUUUAGUCAACCACCUCCACCAAAUAUAAAAUACAAAUAUAUGGCACCAACAAAAAGUAUAUUGAUAAGGAUAGCUAUACAACUGUUGAAAGAACCAGCUUUUUAUACACAGGUAUUGCACUUAAUGAAUAAAAUGAAUUUGCCACCUCCCUUUGAAGAAUUGGAGGCAGAAUUUCCUAUGCUCAAAGAAGCAUAUAAUGUGGAGAAAUAUAAAGAUAUUUUUGGUAUAUUACAUGAACAUACAAAUGAGGAGGAAGAAGAAUCUGAAUCAGAAUUAGAAUCUGAUGGAGAAGAUGUCAGACUUCCAAAUAUCAUUCCUGUUAAAAGAAAACUGCCACAAUCUAAAAAACGUUUGAAAAUUCCAAAAUUUGUAAACCCUGCCAAAAGUAUUGCAGCUUCUUCCUCUACGCAAAAGAUGUUCAAACCAGAAGAUAUAUUUGAACCUGUUCAACGUGAAGAGAUUAAGAAUCUUAAGAUUGAUUUAAAGAGUUUGGAUAAGUCAUUAGAAGCAACUGUUAAUAAGCAAGAUAAUACUACAAUAGAUGGUGGAUUCGGUUUAAUAUCUCCAAUUAACAAAACUAGCAAAGAUACAAAGGAUAGUAAAGAGAAUACAGAAACGCAAAAGAAUGAGUGUAUAACUUCUGAAGAAUUGGAAGCUAAGACAGCUAGGAUUUCUAUCAAUGAUCAAAGAUUACUACCAGUAUUCAAAAAUUACCAUCCAGGCAUACCUUCCAAUCGUCUCUAUAUAAAGAAUCUCGCGAAACAAGUAGAAAUAAAGGAUCUGCAUUAUAUUUAUAAAAGAUAUUUUAUUGCAGGAUUGGAAGAUGCUGAAGAUGAAUACGACGUACGACUCUUGCAAGAAGGUAGAAUGAAGGGCCAAGCUUUUAUCACCUUACAAAAUAUUUCACAAGCGAAAAAGGCUCUCAAAGAAACUAAUGGAUACAUAUUAAAAGAUAAGCCUAUGGUGGUACAAUUUGCCAAAGCUGUUAAAAGUUGAGAUAGAUAGUAGGAUCUUAAUUUAUUUCAUGAUAUUGUUAUAUUAAAAAGAAAGAAACUAUUAUGCAA